UUCUGUCCGUCAUUGGCUCGAGUGACUAAACAUUUGUCAGUUUUAAAUGGCGAUGGUCGUGUACUUUUAUUAGAAUUCGUGUACCUUUAGAAUAUAAAACGUGCAGAGAUGUAAGAGUUUUUGGGAUGAAAUCGUAUAAAUUGUUGUUGCAGUGAUUAUACUCUGACACAAUAAUUAUGAAAAGUUUGAUUUUCCUAAGUUUUCUCAGUACUCUAGUGGUACUGGGACAAAGUAGUGACAUUACUUCGACUGUUUUUGGCGGAGAUGUUCAUGGAUUGCCAGCUGCGUUUGGUGAUUUCGAUUCUGACGAGCUUAUCGACAUGUUUGUCAUAAAAAAUUUCACUACAGUUCAAGUAAUGUUUGCCUCGGACGAAAAACCUCUACUGCGAUCGAGAGAACAAUACAAUUGCCCAUUCGACAAAAAUAUUACUAGUGUUGUGCCUGGAAAUUUCGAUGGAGAUGAUUUCAUGGAUGUAUUAGUCACUACUCGCGAUGAGAAAACCAAAAUAACGGAAGUCUACAUACUUUGGGGUGAAAAAGAACGUCUGAACUGCUCUAAUGCACGAAAAAGCAUAUUAAAAAUGAAAGGGCAACCACUGGCGAUAGAUUAUAACAACGACAUGAUUAUUGAUCUUUUUGGAACUGACGUUCACAACAAUCGUAUGUUUUGGAUCUUCAACAAUGACAGAACAGUAAAUUCGACAAAAAUGACAACACCAGAUAAAGAUUCAAAACCAAUUCAAAUGCCGCAUUCCAAUGCAUUUUUGGAUUUAAAUAACGAUUCCUUGGCCGAUUUAGUCGUGACAACUCAAAACAUGGACAAAAGCAAGAGUGCCAACAGAAGUCUUGAAAUAUGGUACAGACAGAAAAGCGGGUUUCGAUAUUCGAAAGAUAUUCCAAUUCCUGAAUUCAGUGUAGUUGGUCAAACUUCAUACUUGGAUGUGGCAUCGAAGGGUGAAAUAAAUUUUGUUUUACCAGUUUGCAAAGAUAAAGAGUGCCGAGACAGUCACAUUUACGUUUAUUGGAAUAAUGAAUGGAAAGACAUGGAAGUAAGUUUUAUAGACGAUGCAGGUACCACUUGGGGUUUUGCUCACGAUAGUGAAAGGAAAUACAUCGAUACCAUAACAAUGAGAGGUGGUGAUUUUAACUUGGAUGGUUAUCUAGAUUUGCUGGUCACUCUUACUAGUACGUCUGGCAAAACCCGUUCAUUCGUUCUUGUAAAUACCCCUACCAAUAGUAAAGGCAGUUUCGAUCGUACUUUUAAAGUACAUUGGAACAGGUUUGAUCUGUCCUAUAAUAAUAGCGUCACCGCAGUAUUUUACGACUUCUAUCACAACGGUUUUUUGGAUAUAAUAUUCGUGUUAAGAGAUGAAGGUGAUGUUUAUAGAACAGCUGCUUUUAAAAACAGUGACGGCUAUGACACUACCUUUUUAAAGGUGAUGGUUAUAUCGAAAACAACGCAUAGUAGUCAGGAUAUUGUACAACCUCGAAUGAAAAAUAGCCACUUUUGUGGGACAAAUCUACCCGGAGCAUCGAUUGCUUACAAAAUUACAACUAAAUAUGGCUCUUUAAGAAAAGCUACAGUUGCCCAAUUACCACAGAGCGCACAUAACGUUAUGAAUUUACCAUUUGUUAUUUUUGGCUUGGGAAGGACACACAAUUUCGUGGACUCGUUGAGUGUUGGGCUGUUCAACAAAUCGAGGGAAUGGACAUCGUACAUCAUCCCUAAUUCACAUAUGGUGGUGGUAACAAACCCAUUGUCGGAAUCUUCAGAGUGGAAGGCACUUUUGGUUAUACCUUAUAAGCUAGUAUCACACUGUGCUGUCGCAUUGACGGGAAUUUGCGGACUGAUAACUUUAAUUAUCGCCGCUCUGUAUUUGAAGGAAAGGCGAGACGAUAAUAUUCAGAAAUCACAAGAAGCACACAAAUUCCACUUCAGUGCAAUGUAAAAUUUAGAAAUUUACAAACACUGUUAAACAAGUCAUCUGUAGACAAUGUCUAAUAUUAUAUUUUUAUACCUUUUUUCUGUUUUUGCACUAUGCAGUAGAUCUGUAUGUACAUCUGUUGUAAAUAAGUUAUAUACAAACCAGCAAAAUAAA